ACAUUCAGAUAAAAUAAUCAGUGGCAAAAAUGUCUCAUCUGAGCGGUCAUUCCCCCGGAUGACCCCCCUGCUUUUGCGUGAUGAGCCAGCGGUGCUUUUAUUUUGAAGAGACCUCAGCAGAGGCGUGAGUCUUGCGCCCCCGGACCUGACCGGCCGGCGGAGGGGGCGUUGUUCAGUUGAAGGUGUCGCGUACGCCGCACCGGGGCGCGCAGAGGGUCGCACGGUGACCGGACGGAGAUGGCCGGUUCAGGAUUGUGUUGCGGCAGCCUGGAAGAAACCCAGGCCCUGAUGAAGAUGGGGCUGGGCGCCAUCAUGGUGGGACACGUCAACUUUCUGCUGGGGGCCCUGGUGCACGGCGUGGUCCUCAGGCACAUCAACCAGCACCGGCAGGCCCGGGCCAUGCUGUACUCCAUCUCCAACGUGGGGGCCCUCACCUCAGGGAUGGUGGGCGUCAUUGUGGGCAUUCUGACCAUCGUCCUGUCAAAGAACAAGAAGAGCAGAUCCCUGACCUGGUCUCUCCUCUCGUUUGGUCUGGUGUCGGCGGUCAUGUCGGUGGCAUCGGCCAUCGGCCUCUUCAUAUCUGUGGUGAGGGCCAUCGUGAACAAUGGGCGGAGCCUCCUGACUCACUGCCGCUUCCCCGAUGCCAUCGGCUACUCCAGCGUCACCAACGAGUGUCCGUUCGACCCCACACGGAUUUACAGUACCACGCUGAUCCUUUGGGUUCCCCUGAUCGUGAUGUGCGUCGUUCAGCUGGUGUUCUCUGCUCGAUGCUCGGCCGCCUGCGCCUCCUUCCUGGGCCUGCUGUGCUCCCCCAAGAGGAAGAAAUCUCCUCCCCAUAUCAGACCGAGCAAUGUGGUGAAGCCAUUGCAGGAAGUUUAUCAUUCCCACUACACUGAUCAUUUAGGAACCCACAAUGAACUGGCACAGCCUUUCACUGAUCGUAGAAAUCACCAUAAAACUGCCAGGCCCAACACGGAACCUUCAAGAAAUCAUACAGAACCAGCAAAGCCUUAUAUGGGGCAUCUAGGAACCCCCCAAAAACCAAUAAAGUCUUUUAUGGAUCCUCCUGAAACCCCCCAAAAACCAAUAAAACCUUAUACCGAUCGUCCUGAAACCCCCCAGAAACAAGCAAAUUUAUAUAUGGAUCGUUCAGGGACCCCCCACAAGACCGCAAAGUCUUAUUCGGUUCGCCCUGGCACCCCCCCAAAACCUACAAAGACGUACAUGGGUCUUCAAGGAACCCAUGAUGAACCUCAAAGACGGGCCACCGCUCCUCCUCGACAGCACCGACCUCCUCCACGGCACCUCCCACAUCAUCAUCGAAGUCUUCCUCAGUCCGAGAGGCAGUCCCAGCAACAGCCACGUGGAGAAAGACCAGAAAGACUGAUCGCAAAUCAAAGGGAACCGGAGGAGGACCAGCUCCUGCAGAGGGCCGCUCCAGAACGGUCCAGCUUCUGGAUUUAGGUUGAUUGACCCGCCAGAUGUUCCAGAAUACUUUGCUCAUUCUCAACCGACAUGUGAAGAUGUUGGCGUCUCCAGGCUGGAGAUGUUUUGUGGACUUAAUGGAUAGAUCUUCUGAGGCCAAAGUAUGGAUGAACCCACUUGUGUUUAUUGCUGCUUUAAUAUUUCUGCUAAACAGUUUUUAUUUUCAUGUUUUAACUUAAAAGAUUUAAGUCAAACUCUUUGAAGUGAGGAUGAGUAAUGAUUCAACUUCACAAAAGGUUUAGUGACUGCAGAGCCGCUCGGUCUCAGUUAAGGCGUUAAGACGCAACCACUUUUAAUGAAUCCUGAAAGAAAUGUUUGUUUGGGUGCAAAGAGCUAAAGUCAGCUAACUUCAGUUCAAAUUUCCUCAGUAAACCAGACGUAUGCAGUCACCUAUGUUUGGUUGAGCUUGUGCUAUUCCAUAAAAGGGAAAACUACCUGCACAUGCUAACUUUAGCUGGAAUGCUAGGCUAAGCUACUUAACAGAACAGCUUGCUAAAUGUGUAGGUUCUACUACAUGGCUGGGCAUAUUUAGUAAAUGAAAGGUUGUACUAAGGAGCUAAUCAUCAAGUAGUUCCAUUCAAAGAGGAAAAGGAGAUCAGUUUAUGCUUCUUUCUGUUUUUGUUUUCCUAGACGGGGACCCGUCUAUUAAGUACCUUAGUUUACUAAAGCAAACGUUAGUCCGGUGUUUUCUUUUAUUCCUAUGAUCUCUCAGGAUUUAAACAAAAAAGGCUGACUUCCGCUGUUUCUAAGACAUGGUGAAGAUUUUCUGUUUGUUUUCUUUCAAUUCGACACAAAGCUGUGAUUUCCUUUUUAUAGUUUUGAGCCCUGUCCCACAUAGAGGCAUUUCACUAAGUAGCAGGCAGUUGUGCAGUUUUAGAGAGUUCCUUUAACCUUUCAUCCAACCGUUUCUGAUUUAUUCUGUUGAAUUUUCUCCUCAGUGCAAAAGAAACAAGUUUUUUUUUUUUUUUUUAAAUAAACGUUGUACCCUAA